AUGGCGACUACUUCGAUUUGGGAGGCUCGUCGUCGACACGCGGAAGACAAUUAUAGACCAGCCAGAAGACGUGCUCCACGUGCCUGUGACCACUGCCAUGACCGCAAAGUGCGGUGUGAUGGCUCAAUCAAUGGAUUCCCUUGCACUAAUUGCCGCUUGGAUGAGUCCACCUGCUCUGUUCGACCAGGCCUGGGUAAGAAAAUCGGCGGGAAGCAAUUGUUCAAGGCACGCCCCAGAGAACGUAUCGCCUGUGCCUCCGUCGGCGAGGCACAAGCGUUUGAUAGGCUUUCGUCGCAGAAGAGUUCAAUAAACAGUGCAUUUACUAAUGCGCCCCUACCGUUCUCCUCAUACACCUUUCUCAAAGCACCCGGAUUGAAGCAAUUGGGCCCGGUUGAAUUGUCAUUUCUCGAGUCGCAGGGGUGUCUGCAAAUGCCAGCCAGACAUGUGACGGAUAGCUUCGUUCGCAAUUACUUUUUAUAUGUGCAUCCAUGUCUCCCGGUGAUUGACGAAGCUGCUUUCUGGAGGCAAUAUCAAUGCUCAAGCACCAGCCAAGACGAACGCAUUUCCCUUUUGGUCUUUCAAUCAAUGCUAUUUGCUGCGAGCAGUUUCAUACCGAUCGACGUCGCCAAGCAAUGUGGCUACGAUUCUCUUAUCUCCGCACGAGAUGAGCUAUAUAGGAAAUCUAAGCUUCUAUACCGCAGCGGCGUUGAAUGUGACCCAUUGGCUAUCGCUCGAUCGGCUCUACUGUUAACCUACUAUACCUCAGACACAGAAAUAAUCGCAAACUCAAGAUGGUUGCGCAUCGCAAUCAAGAAUGCCAGAAGCGAAGGCGCUGAUCGCUACUACGCCCCUCAAGUUCGAGGGUCGAGAAAACAAUCCGACCUAAAAAGAGUUUGGUGGUGCUGUCUUAUACGCGAUCGGAUCAUAUCUCUUGGGAUGCACCGCCCAAUCCAAAUCACUCCUUCAGAAUUCGAUGUUCAUCAACAGGGCCUUACAGUUGAGGAUCUAAAAGAUGAAGUGUUCUACUCGGAAGUGUACCGACCAGAGACCAAAUCCGCUCUAUGCCAAGUAUUGUCUAGUCUGUGUCAUUUUGCCGUCACGGUCACCAAAUUGCUCACAAUCAUGUAUCCUGCUGAGCGGGGGGCAUCUAUGAAAGCAGAGGGACACGAUCGCGUACUGGCAAAGUUGGAGGAGGCCAAAUCGUCUUUGUUGCAAUGGGAACUCGAUUGGAUGACGCCCAUGAAUGACAAAGAUUGCUACCUGCAUUCGUCACUCGUACUUAAUACCAAUCUUGUUGCAUUAUAUUAUCAGUCAGCUCGUAUAGCGCUUUGCAAUCAUAAGUGCCUUAUGAUUAGCGACACCAACUACCCAGAGGCCGCCGACCAAGAGCAAUUGGGAUUUUGCCGGACAGAGUUGGUGCGAGCGAUCAGCUCAACGGCAGAGAGAGUAAAGCAGCUCCUUACGAAUGGAGUUGCGGACAAGCUUCCGAUCAGCGCCGUCGCAUAUACGAUGUUACCUCAGAUCCUGCUCAGCGUCAAAACGCAACUUUCACGAGUCCCAGAAGACAAGCAAAGCCACGAGGUAACGUUGGUCUUCUUCAUGGAAGUCAACCGCCAUUAUAGUUUCCGAUACUAUACGAAGCGUGUGCUGGCGGUCACCUCGGCCGCGCUUCAACUCUGUCAGCAAUCUGCCAUGUCGAAUACAGACACCGAUUCAAGCACCAUGUUGAGCUCGGACGGCUUUUUCGACCUAUUUGAGCUCCGCCUGGCGGAGUACACGCGACUCCUUCGAUAUAUUGAUGAAUGCUUUUUCAUGCAGGACAAUCCCGACGAAGACAAGCCAUUGCCCAUAACCGGCAUUGGAGCAUCCGGAGAUGACAUGCUGCCGCUUCCGUCGCUGGCGGAGCCCGAUGAUUCUCCCGAGGCAUCUACACCGGCUUGGAUGGAAGCGAUGGAAAUGUCCUUCUUUGGAUCGGGAACACUGGACGCGUUGCCCUCUUCAACGCCAGAGGGACUGGUCGUGUUGCCAUUCGAAAGUCCGGAUAGUUCACAGCCUGAACGUGGUGGGCCAGGACAUGACAAAUCAGAAACUUCGCCCGAAGUACUGGAAUGUUUACAACUGCUUGGUGAAUAACGGGCAGAUCAGUCGGGAGACAAUUCCCUUAGCAUAUCCUAGCAA